AUGGCGUGUCCGGGCCAACGGGGAGAAGUGACACAAAGAAUUGAUGAUAUAGAGGACAGUUCUAAGCUCAGACGGGGCAUUCCAGUAGCACACAGUAUCUAUGGUAUAGCACAAACUAUCAACUCGGCCAACUAUAUGUACUUCCUAGGACUGAAGGAAGUAAUGCAGUUUGAUCAUCCUGAUGCAAUGAAAAUAUUUACAGAGCAGCUAGUCUUAUUGCACCAAGGACAGGGUAUGGACAUCUAUUGGAGAGACUCCUAUACAUGCCCCACAGAGGAAGAAUACAAAGAGAUGGUCAUAAAGAAAACUGGAGGUCUGUUCGGUUUAGCUGUCAGACUCAUGCAACUUUUCAGCACAAACAAAAGUGACUUCAAACCCCUGAGUGACAUCUUGGGCCUUUACUUCCAGAUCCGAGAUGACUAUGCCAACCUCUGCUCCAGGCAGUACACUGAGAACAAGAGUUACUGUGAGGACCUCACCGAGGGCAAGUUCUCCUUCCCUUUGAUCCAUGGGAUCCGCAGUCGACCCGAGAACACACAGGUUAUGAGUAUCCUAAGACAGAGGACGGAAGACAUGGAUGUCAAGAAAUACUGUGUAGACCUGCUAGAAAAGUUUGGUUCAUUUGAAUAUACAAGGACAGUGCUCUUUGAUCUAGAAAAGCAGGCUUAUCAACAUAUAACAAACCUAGGAGGAAACCCCAUCUUGGAAUCCAUCUUGGAAGAACUUGGAAAACUCAUACGGCAUAGGGAUCAAUGACGUUUGUCCACCUGUAACAUCUGAACUUCCAUCUAUGAUCAUCGUGUGUUAUUACAGGUGAAUCUACCAAUGUCAAAUCUCUUUGGAACACUGAAAUCUGUUUGACUUAGGUACAUUUACAUAAUAAUUUAAAUAAUACAUGAUUUGCAUAUUCUGGUGUGAAAAGAAUACUUUUACUGAGGCGAUUCUUCGACUUAUGGAAGGUCUAUUUAAAGCAGUUCUACUGUAUUUGUAUUGUAUUUGAUGCCACCCAGUGAUUGGUGGUGAUUUUUUUUUACCUUAUGGCUAAGAAAGCAUGAAUGCUUGUAAGCAAAAAACCAAAGGAACGACAGCUUAAGGACCUCUCCGAGGAACCUGGUAAUGAGGAUUAAUGCCUUACCAAAGGGCACUAGCGCACCAAGUAGGAAUCAAACCUAGGUCACCGGAAUCUGAAACCCCUGCUCUACCGACUGAGCUAUCUUUGCCAGUGCAACAGGCAAGAAGUGAACCACCCUUUGCCUCAGGUAUACCUGACCUAGUUGUGAAGAUAGACAAUCUCACCUUAGCUUUCCUUACUAUACUAUAGAACUUGGAAAGGGCAAUUGGUUGUAGUGUAAGGUGGACAUUCAUCUACUGAGGAUCACUAUUUGACAUCCUAUUUGAGGAACAUAUGUUUAACUGGGCAUCACAUGUAGCCGUGCUAAAGGAAAGGGGCAAAUUGAUACACCGCACAGACUUCAGUCAUCUGCCUGGGUUUUUAAUUUGGUGUCUUGAAAGGCACUUGUUCAUUGUAUGUUUUCCUGCACAGCAUUGUUUCAGGAUGUGUCUAUAGUACAAGUUUGGAGAUUCUUGGGACCAAUACUAAUAUCAGUAUAAAAAAUGCUUCCUUGGAUCAGGGUCAAUAAAGUUAAUUUGUAUGUGAAGGCAGAGGGGGGGGGGGGGGAUGGAGAAGUUACUGUUAGAUUAAUUCAUAUCUCCCAUUGAGAUGUGUGCAUCGUUUUUUUUUUCAAUAGGAUUUUCUGGCUAAUGUGUUUUUAUUCAUUGGAAAUUGUAAAUUUUAGAGUCUGUUUUUACAAUAUUUUUGCUGAUCCACUUAGCAUGUACUGAGUUACUGCAGAUAUUGUGCUAUACAGAUUUGCUCUUUGUGUGCUGCAGUUGUUCUAUAAAUUAAAAAUAUCUUUAGAUUUGCAAAGCUUAAGUAAAUCAAAAUCAUGCUGCAAAUCAUUUGAUCACAAUUCAUGUAGUGCAGAAAUUCUGCCAUUUACAAUUGUUUUUCACCAAAGUGAUACCUCAAGAGUGGUCAAAAAGCUAAAUGUAACACCAUUUUUAUGUAGUCCUGUUCUAUUUAGAAAAAUAUGUUUCCCUGUUUAUAGAUGGCCUUUGUGUUUAUGACAGCUCAAAGAUUUCUGAUCUGUAGAUUUUUCUCUUGCCACACGAUCAUUUUGUUCUCGUCAUGUUAAUUGACUGCAUGGAAUGUUAACGAUUAGAAGUAAGAAACUAGAUGACCAAUGCAUUAAAGCCUCUCAUGUAAUAAGAUCGGUGCUUUUUCAAAGUCUCAAGGGAAUCAACUUGUAAAACUGGUUCAUGAUUUUACAGGAUAUUAGUGCUGAAUAGUAAAGCCUCGUUUUUUUGUGUAAUUGUUGUUGGCUGGGGGGGGGGGGGAGGGUGGUGUAAACAGCAUGUGUCCAUCCGUGUAAAUGUAUUUUCUUCCGUAAUGAGCUGUCAGUAUAUUUCUUUUGGUUAUAAUUGCUUUGUAGAUAUUUUUUAAUUUCAAGGUCAAGAUGUCAGAUAUGAAAGGCAAUAGCUACGUACAUGAAGCAUGCAAAUCACAAUCACACAUAUUCUUGCCAAAGUGAUUUAAAGCCCCAGUCACAUGUAGACGCCGGACCAACCAGGACCAGAUCAGGGGGAAAGAUCCCCGUAGAGUUCUUGGAGGUCUGUGUAGGUUCAUGAACGUCUGGGAGACAAACCGGCAGUUUUGUGGAGGUCUAAAACAUCUGACGCCAUCUGUGGACUGCUGUGUUGGCAGAGCAAUCCGGGAUGGUCCCUGUAGCUGCCGUGUUGGUCCAAGUUGAUGCCCUGAUGGUUUAUGUAGAUGCCGUGCUCUUCUGCCAUGGUCCAUGUAGAUCCAUUAUGUAGAUGACAUGUUGUUACCGUGUGUACAGUCAUCAGCACUGGUCGGCGUUCAAUCCGGGGCAAUACUAUCCUGGACUGCCCUGCAUCAUGCUGGCAUUAUCCGGGUAUUGUAUAUCCUCGAGGAUCUGUGAUUUUAUUUAACUUGGGCUUUACAUGUAAAUCAUGAUGUGACUGCAUAAAAUGCUGGCUUUAUUCUAUUCCUGUUUUGUCUUUGUUUUCUCUGUAUCACUAUAUUUUCAUCUCAUUUUUCCUUUUGUAGUUUUUCUCAAUUCAGGCAUUUGUAUGUUCAUAAUUGCUGUUAAGAUCCAAAGACACUACAAUGAAGUGCUAUUUAAAUCAUGCUAAAAAUAUAUUAUUAUCAUUUUGUAUUUCCAUGUUCCUUCUCUUUACUACUACAUGUAUAUGAUUAAUUCCUUUUUAUUCUUACUCUCUGAAAUAAAGAAAGAAGGUUUAUAAAUAUCAUGACACCAGGUGAUAUUCACCUUAAGGCUUUAGUUAAUUAAAUAAUUUCAACUUAAAAUGACAUGAUGUUCCUAUUUUAAUUUUGUUUAUAUACAUGAAAUAUAACUUUUUUAAUAUGUGGUAAUUAGUUAGGCUAUAUCUUUAUUUGGGGUCACUUGGGAUUAACUUGCCUUUCAAAAAUAAAUCCCUUAACCCAGGAAAUUUAAUACCAAACAAAAUUUCAAGUUAUUCACCUCUGAUUUUUCUGUAUUUAAAAGUGAUUUUCAAAUAAAAUAUCCUUCAUAUCUAAAAGUUGAUGCACAGUUCAUGCAACAUCACAUUUUUUUUUCAUAUUAAGAAAUAGUGGACUGUGACUAUUUCUAUGAGCUUUAUCAAAAGACAAUUUAGAGAUUAAGAAUAGAUUAUGACAAACAUUUAUCUUUAAUAAUGUCUAAUGCAAGUUUCAAGAGGAAUUUGAAUUCUGUACGGGCAUGAAUUUGAGUUUUCGAGCGGAAAGCCGUUCUUUUAAUACAAGAAAAGUGCAAUCACUUGCAAGUCAAUUUAGGUUCCAAACUGACUUUUAUGUCUAGCAAUUAUGGUUUGUUUCUUGGAAUGUAAUUGUAGUGUAGUAAGUUUGUUUUGGUUUUAGUCACAAUUUUUAAAGUACAUUUCUUCAUAAGCCCAGUAUGUCUAGGAAAGCAGGGUCUUUAUUAAGACCAAACCAGUACUAAAUGAUAUGUCCAAAUAUAUCUUGGACUCGAAAAAGAUUAUUGCGGUACAGUGGAUUAAGAAUUUGAAAAAAAUUACGCUUCAUGAUUUUAGAAGAACAAUGAUGAGGCUAUUCAUUUGCACUCUAAUGAAAACACACUUGCAAGUUUUUUAAUAUCUGUGUAAAAAUAUAACUUGUGUUUGUAUUUUAAGCAUUGAUUUAAAGGGGUUCUUCCUUGUCAUCUCAUUUUUUUAUAUUUAUACAUAUAUGAUCAUUGUAUUGAUCACAUGAAAAACUUGUCUUUCAUUUUCUGCUUGUAUGAACUAAUACUAAAUGAAAUGAAGUGAUGUUUUUCUUGUAUCCUUUAUUUGUGUAAUCAUGUGGGUAAUGUAUUAUUCUAAUUUCCAUUCCUAUUAGUAAUUAUUAAAAAUGCAAUAAUGUUAAAACUA